UUGAGUUCGAAUACCAUAAAAAGAAAACAGCGCCCAAGUACCAGUGAGGGACAUGGGACAUCCGCACCACAAUUCUAGCUACACUACCUGAACUUACCCAAUUAGCCGCUAAUUAAGCCAUACUCCGUCCAACAUUCAACACACUCAAACCAAUCAAUCUUACAUAACUGCUGUAUCGUAUACAUACUACUAUACUCCUCGUUCUUCGCUUAAAUUCUUACAACCAAUAACAGCUCACGAUUUUUGUUAUGCCAGUACGUAGGUCAGUAAACUAAUGAAUUCCCACAACAAUUCUAAUUACAAAGGUAACAACCACCUCCCACCAAACCCCAUCUUCACAUAUUUUUCUCUCUUUUUUUUUCCCACAAAAGUUAUCAACUUAUAAAAUCAGCAAGUAAAAGGAGUACUUUAUAACCACACUCGCUUACCUCCCCUCAUUCCAUAUACUCAUAUUUUGUAGAGCAUUUGUUAGUACUCCAUAAAACUUAUCAAGAAAAAUUCUCUUACAAAAAAAUGGUGAACCUUGUAGAAGCCCAAAAACCCCUCCUCCACGGCCUACUAAAAAUGGCAGGAAUUCGUCCCACAACCGUAGAAAUCGAGCCAGGAACCUCAAUGACCUUUUGGGUACCCGCCGAAACACUCGCAAAACCCAAACAAAAAAAGCCUAGCAAUAAGCAUCCCCUAAAGCCGAAACCCGUGGUAGUCUUAAUCCACGGGUUUGCGGCCGAGGGGAUAGUAACCUGGCAGUUUCAAAUAAGUGCCUUGACUAAGAAAUACCAAGUUUACGUGCCGGACCUCCUUUUCUUCGGGGGGUCCUGCACGAGCGCCAUCGACAGGUCUCCGACAUUUCAAGCGGAGUGCCUAGCGAUGGCGCUAUCGAAGUUGGGCGUCACUAGGUGCACCCUAGUGGGGUUCAGCUACGGAGGUAUGGUUGGUUUUAAGCUUGCAGAGUUGCGGCCAGACCUUGUUGAGGCGUUGGUGGUGUCGGGUUCGAUCCUCGCAAUGACUGAAUCGAUCAGUGAGGCGGAGUUGAAUAGGAUGGGGUUCAAAUCAUCGUCGGAGUUGUUGUUACCGACGUCGGUUCAAGGGUUGAAAACGUUGCUUAAGAUAGCUACUUAUAAGAAGUUGUGGUUUCCUAAUUGCUUGCACAAGGAUUAUCUUGAGGUGAUGUUCACCAAUAGAAAAGAGAGAAGUGAACUCCUGGAGGCUUUGGUUAUUGCCAAUCAAAACCCUGAUAUCCCAGACUUUCCACAGAAAAUCCAUCUUUUAUGGGGAGAAAAUGAUCAAAUUUUCACGACGGAGAUUGCACAGCAAAUGAAAGAAAAACUCGGGGAAAAAGCGACAUAUGAAGGUAUAAAGAAGGCAGGCCAUCUGGUUCACCUCGAGAGACCGUGUGUGUACAAUAGAUGUCUCAAGCGCUUCUUAGCUUCUGUUUAUGCUGAUGGAGCUGAUCACAAGUAAGCCGAUUCAGUGCCUCUGUUCAGACUCCAGAGUUAGUCGUUAACUCGUUACAGCACCAGUUCGAACAACGUACACUGUCAACCUGACUAUUAGUUCUAGACAAAGGGACUACAAUGCUUCCCCGUCUAAAUUUGUGGAAAUAACUGUGCGAAUUAGAUUACGAAGAAUGGAAUUCCAUAUUUGCAUUUUUCUUUUUCAGAAUCUGAAUAAUACAUAUGAACGCGUAUAAAGCGUAUUGUUUGUACAACAGUCGCGAGAUGAAUCAAAUGAUAUGAAAAGAAA